AUGGCAUACGUCAAAAAGUACUUGGCUCAAACAGUCUUUACACCUUCUAUAAAUUGGGUACCACCACGAAAGUACAUAUCGAACAAAUCAAAGAUCAUUGCUUGCAAGGAGCUCCUUAUAGCUGGUUCACUAAGAGCAAUGAAGAUUCUUGUGUGUGCUGUUCUCAUGCUGGUCCUCAUCAGCAAUUGCACUGCAGAGAUGCCCCCUAUAAUGGCUGUAGAAAAGAGCAGCCGUGAUGAAGUCGCAGGACGAGCAAAGGCAUAUGCUGCAACAUUCAAGAAAAUCGGUAAUAAUAAUAAGGAUGACGAUGUACAUGGACAGCAUGAGGACCCCGCUACCAAAGGGAAACCAUGCCCCACUACCAAAGGGAGACCAUGA